AUCAAUUGUGGGUUGGGCUGAUGGAGCUCUUUAAAUAGUUGUGGAAAGAGAAUGGGUUCUCAUAUCGCAGAGAAAACGCUUCAGACACACUCAAUGGAAGAUUUAAGUGUUCAAUAUGUCAACCUGGAGGAGCUGGAUAACCAACAGAAACAUGAGACACAGGGCUUCACACCUAGGAGCCUCGUCGUACGAAGAGGAGCGCCCUUCAGAGUCACCCUGACCCUCAGUGGCAGGCCCUUCAACCCCCAAACUGACACCCUCAUCUUCAAAGCCCUACUAGGUCGUCUCCAAGUGUCCUUCCCCAUCACCUUCUCCAAGAAGGCCUCUCGGUCCAGAUGGGGGGCCUGUUUCAACCAGGAGGGCCUCAAUACCCUUGUCCCCUCUGUGUUCCUCUCCACCCCUGCCUCGGCCGCUGUGGGCCAGUACAGUCUGCAGCUGCACGUACUCACUCAGCAUGGCCAGAAGGCAUACAUGGUGGGACGCUUCAUCCUGCUCUGUAACCCCUGGAGCCGUGAGGACGCGGUGUACAUUCCCUUUGAAGACCAGAGAGAUGAAUAUGUCAAGAAUGAAUCUGGCUUGCUCUUCAUGGGCACUCCAAGGAACCUUGUGUCUAGACCGUGGUCUUUUGACCAGUAUGAGCCAGGGAUCCUGGAGAUCUGUAUGAUGAUUCUGCAGCUCAGCCCCCAGCACAGCAAGAACCCAAAACAGGACUAUCUGAGCAGAGGAGACCCCGUCUAUAUCAGCAGGGUCGUGUCGGCCAUGAUUAACUGUGAGGACGACCGUGGCGUCCUGAAAGGAAACUGGUCAGGGGACUUCAGUCAGGGUGUGCCCCCCUCCAAGUGGACCAGAAGUGAAGACAUUCUAAAGCUAUGGGCCAAGUCUGGUUUCAGCCCGGUCAAGUACGGCCAGUGCUGGGUAUAUGCUGCUGUCAUGUGCACAGUCAUGCGAGUGCUUGGUAUUCCAACCCGAGUCGUCACUAACUUCAACUCCGCCCACGACACCAAUGGCAACCUGGUGAUUGAGGAGUUCUACAGUGAGACAGGAAUGAAACUGCCCCAAACUACCGAGAGCAUAUGGAACUUCCAUGUAUGGGUAGAGUGUUGGAUGACGCGUCCCGACCUGGGCUCAGGAUUGAACGGUUGGCAAGUGUUGGACCCCACCCCACAGGAACGGAGCGGAGGAGUGUUCUGCUGUGGCCCGGCCCCUAUAAAGGCCAUCAGAGACAGACACGUGGACCUGCCUCACGACGUGCCCUUCGUGGUGGCCGAGGUGAACGCCGAUGUUCACAUGGUCGUUGUGAGGCAGGGUCAGGUGAUCAGCCGCAGCAUCGACACAGAGAGGGUGGGCUCCCUCAUCUGCACCAAGGCCGUCGGUUUACCCCGACCGAUCAACAUCACAGCCGACUAUAAAGCCAACAAAGCUCCGUCAUCGAGUACAAGGUCCAGGUCCAGGGGGUCCUCCGUGUCCCCAGGAGGAACACUGAGCAGAGGUUCCGCCCAGGGCUUGUCCGUGUCCAUGGCCCUGCUGAAGAUGCCGCUCUCAGGGGAGAGCAUCUCCUUUUCAGUCACCAUCACCAACAUGGAAGCCAUACCCAAGGUCCUGAAAGAGCAUGUCAACGCACAGGCCAAGACGUACAACCACAGCCCCUCAGACACAUUCUGGGAGAGCCACAGCCUUAUUCAGAUGGCCCCCUUAGAAGUCAAGGUGCUGCACCACAACAUCAGUGCGUCCCAGUAUGAGGGCCUGGUGGGAGAGGACCUGGUCAACCUGGCAGUGGUGCUGAAGGACCAGGCCAGUUUCCAGACCUUCCUGGCCUCCGAGGAGAUUAACGUCCCCAGCCCGGAGCUCUCCAUACGGGUUUCAGACGAGGACUCCAUUGUUCCACGCAAGAAGUACCAGGCCGUGGUGGCCUUCACCAACCCCUUCUCUGUCCCAGUCAGCGGGAUUCUGACUGUGUGUGCCGCUGGGUUGAUAGAGGGGAAGGUUCACUCAAGGAUCCACUUGCUUCAGCCAGGGGCCAGUGUGGAGAGGAUUGUCUCUUUCACGCCUCGGAUGGUGGGGAUGAAGAUGUUGCAGGCUAGCCUGACCCUGGAGAACCACCCUUCAGCAAUCAGAGGAUUCCACAUGGUUCCUGUCAAGGCUCCCUAGACUCCUAUUGGCCACAGUUAGGAUGUUAGCACAGUGUUGCUCAGUAUUCCAACUGACUUGCGUGCUGCAAAACUGAAGUAUUAUGCUAUUUAUGCUAUUUAUGCUAUUUAUAUAUUUAGAAGUGUUUUUUUGGUAUUAUUUGUUUUGAAUGUGUUAAAUACAUUUGUACUUGUUGACUUGAAUGUUUCUAGUGAAUUUAGUCAGGACUGUGUCAGUGAGAACUACCAUGCUCUCCAGUGGGUCCCCUUCUCUUGAAGUUCAUUUUACAUCCAGCAGAGGGAGACCUUGCUCAUCUUAUUUCUUGGUUCCAGCAGAGGUCCCACAUCACUCACUGCACCCAUUUUACAUACUAUUUUAAAUGACUGUAAGGACUAAUGAGAUAUUUAAUUCAAAAUAAUGAUGUGUGUUUCAAGUAAAAAAUAAAUACCAAUUCAGAAAUUCAUUCUCAGAACACAAUU